AUGUUAUCUUCACCUUUUGUCUUUUCAGUUGUAAACGUGGGCACUUGGGCCUCGAAUGUUAUUCCUGACGUCCCUAAAAUUAGUCUUUUAACUAACGAACAUCUUCGGUCGCUGGAAACAUUUGUAAACGAUGUAUCAUCAGACUGGUGUUGUCAUCUGGUCGACGACACUACAUUAGCAAUAUUUUUGCCUUUUGAUCAGAGUACAUGGAAUAUGUCUAAGGUUGCAUUCGUUUCACUACUUGAAUUCUGCGAAGAAAAUUUGCCAGUACAACGUGUUAUGCUCUGCCUAAACAAGAACGCUGUUGAUGAAACAGUGGUGUCUUGUUUCAAAUAUCUUGGUUUCAAUCCUCUACAUUCUCAUUCAUACCCCUCUUGUAUUGAUCCUCAAGGAAUAUUUGCCAUGGUUUAUGCGAUGUGA